GCAACGUUCGCGCAUCAAGGGAAGCACUACACCAAACGGCGAAGAAUUUUGUCUUUAAUUCAAUACGCGUGACGUCAGAGCUUCACCUGUUUUUGAUUAUUUGCUAUAGUUUCUGCUGCGUUGCAAGUGCGUUGUGCGUGCAAGGCGCAAACUGAUGGCCGAUGUGCCACGGAAUAUAUAUGUACAUCGAGAUGUGUCAAAUUUUAGGGUUAUAUUAGAGAGAAAAACUGUGAUUAUGAAUUUGAUUUGGAUGUGAUAUAUUUUCUUUAUCAACAAUGGAUAGUCAUCAGGCCGAGUCGGAGAAGCCGGCGGUUUCCACUAUUUCCAAAAAAGUUAGCAAACUUUUGGAGACACGACCGGAAAAUGACAAGGACACGAUAGAAGCACUGAAGGAAUUGUCAACGUUUUUCAAAGAAAACACAGUAGAAGAUCGUCGCAACUUACGCAGCAAAAUAGAGAGGAGAAGCUUGGCAAUCAACGAAGAAUUCAUCGAUGCUUUCAAGGAAGUAAAGAGUGUUUUGGACAACAUGCACAGAGACGUAGCUGGAAUGAACGACUGUGUACAGAGUAUGACUAAUAGACUGCAAACUACUAAGGCACGCACCCUGCAACUGAUUGAUCAAACAACAAAACUCCAAAAUGAAAGUAAAAAACUUACUAUGCAACAAGAAAUUGCAAAUGCAUUUAUAAAGAGAUUCCAAUUGAAUGCUGAUGAGCUGGCUGUUCUACAUGGCAGUUCUCGAGAAGCUCCCAUAACAGAGGAAUUUUUCAUUGUCAUAAACCGAGUACAAGAGAUCCACAGUAGUUGCAGAAUAUUGAUGCAAUCUGGACAUCAAACUCUGGCUCUGGAUAUAAUGCAGCGUAUGACCCUGUUACAAGAAGCAGGUCUGGAAAGACUUUAUCGCUGGACUCAAACUCAAUGUCGACACAUUGAAAAUGAGCAAUUAGUUCCUCUUCUCACCAAAGCCAUGAGUAAACUGCAAGAGAGACCUGUACUUUUCAAGUACAUUCUAGACGAAUACUGCACAUCCAGAAGAUCAGUCUUAGUCAGCUCAUUUAUUGAUGCUUUGACUCUUGGCAGAGGUCACGGAAGUGACUCCAAUUCAAUAGAGAUGCAUGCCCAUGAUCCUAAACGAUAUGUUGGAGAUAUUCUUGCCUGGCUCCAUCAAGCCAUUCCAGUAGAGAAGGAAAAUCUUUUGACAUUGUUAAAAGCCUGUGACAAAUCGGAUAUGUCUGAACAGAUAACACAAGCUUUGAGUAACAUAACAGAGGGCUUGUGUCAUCCUUUAAAAUCUAGAAUCGAACAUAUAGUAGCUGUUGAGGCACCAUCAACAGUUUUGUACUCUGUGACCACUCUUAUAAGGUUUUACAGAGCUACUUUGAAGCCAGUUAUACACGAUAGUGUGCUUGAUGUGAUGUUUGGUGAUUUAUUGGAGUUAAGUGAGAAGAGCUUUGUCAGUAGGCUUCAAAGGGAAACUAGGAUGGCUCUUGGAGAGAGAGCUGAACCUCCAGGCACAGAUUUGGUCCCUGCACCUUCUGUCUCAAGACUGUUAUCUCUGCUAAAUGAAGUUCUAUCAGUUGCAAGUAUUGCAGAAGACAGAGAAAAAGACAUGCUACAAAUUGUUUCCUGUAUUAUCGAUCCACUACUGCAAGAAGUCAAUGAAACAGCUUCAAGACUCCCAACUGUAGAUAUGGCUGUGUACCUUUUGAAUUGCAUGCACCAAAUUCAUUCCACUCUGGCUUUGUACGAGUACAUGGACCAACGUCUGGAGAGACUGCAGGCUCAGUCCGAUGCUCAAAUCGACACGCUAACUUCCGAACAAGCCAGUUCUUUGGUAGCACAUCUAAAUUUAGGCCCGAUAUACAAUAUUCUACAAGGCCACUAUCAGGGACCACUGUCUUCUAUUCCUGGAAUGGAUCCUCUUAGCAUUAAGGAAUUCACCAAUAAGCUGGAAGGAUUUCUCGUUAUGCCGGACGUUCUGCUGCUACCGCAGAUUUCUCUGCUUCAGAGCAGCACUCAUCGCACGAAUACCCAGCGCAGGGCUUUCGAAGUAAUCGGCGCUAUAUACAAGCAACUUUACGACGCCUGUCACGAGCCGAAGAAUCUUUAUCAGAAUCCCGGCAGUCUCUUCGGCCACACGCCCGAGGAGCUUCUGAAAACGCUGUUCGCUCAGUAAAUAAAUGUCCGUUAUUAAGUGUGCGGGGAAACAUCAGUAUCUGCCCGAUCUAUAUGGAUGCCCAAGAAAUUCUAUAAUUCACGCUGUAUUAAAUGUGUAUAUGUAUAAAAUGCCAAACUCUAUAAGAGAUGACUGUAUAUUAUUAAAGUUAUGUUAUUAUUUUA